AUGAACAUUAUAGCUACAAAUGGCCUUGAUAUUUACUCGAGCGAGGCAAGGGUGUAUCUAGUACCAACAGAAGAAUCAGCUCGCAACUACGACAGUUGGAUAUGCGGAGGUGCUAUUAUUCAUCCUUUCUUGGUGCUAACUUCGGCUGCCUGUAUAGAAGAUGUGGAGAAGACUUAUGUAGUGGCUGGUUAUAAUAAAUACGUCAAACUAUCAGAUUUAGAUAAAAAUGAAUGCACUAAAAAUAUGAAAAGAAAGAUUGUUGAAACUUAUGUACCUUUAUCGUACGAACUGGACUACAAUAAUCUAGAGAAUUGGUCCGCACUCGAUAUAGCUGUGGUGAAAGUUGAAAAACAGUAUCGCUUCGACGAUCAAAAUUUUACAAAAUACUGCUCCUAUGCACCUAAUAAAAUCGAUGUCAAUUUUGACAAGCAGAACGAGAAACCUGGCACUCAAGCGAUUGUGCUGGGAUGGGGGCAUACAAGAAAAUGGCGAAUGGAAGAAGAUAAAAGAGACCAUAACGCUAACAAACUUCUCUAUGGCCCAACAAUUAUAUUUCCAAAAUUUGAGUGCAAAAAGUAUUACAUAAAUCCUAAUUUAACUAAUAUUAUUGACAAAUAUAUGAUCUGUACCAAUGGCAACGGUCUACUGAAUGAUUCUGGGGCUACUAAUUUAAGUCACGAAUAUGAACUUGAAUCGGAAGCAACGAAAUUGGAAUAUAUUACAGACCAUCACGUGGAUUCUGAUGGAAUCAUAGACAGCUUUCGUAAACUUAAAACUAACCCUGAUGCAGAAAGCAUAGAAAGUAAACCAGGAAUAUGUCAGGCAAAAUAUGGUCGG